AUGGCCAGUCCGAGCCGGUGUUUCCAACUCGUGAACUUGACUGGCGGUGUCACCUCUGAUACCGGCUGCUCUGGUUUUAUCCCCGCAAUUCCCCGUCUGGGAUUCCCCGGUCUAUGUCUAGCUGAUGCUGGCAACGGCGUCAGGGCCACCGACUACGUAAGCGCAUGGCCAUCUGGUAUACAUGUCGGUGCAGCCUGGAAUCGUGAUCUAGCACAUCGGCGAGGUCAUUUCAUGGGCCAGGAAGCAAAGACGAAAGGUGUCAAUGUUCUCCUGGGUCCUUUGGUAGGUCCUGUUGGCCGUGUUGUUCAAGGAGGACGUAAUUGGGAAGGCUUCUCAGUCGACCCCUAUCUUACAGGACGGCUUGUCUAUGAGACUGUGAGUGCCACUCAGGAUGCUGGUGUCAUCACAAGCACGAAGCACUUCAUUGCCCAAGAACAAGAAUCGCAUCGCUUGUCAAGCACGUCGCCUAUCGUCACGGAGUCAGUAUCCUCAAAUCUUGAUGACAAAACAAUGCAUGAACUAUACCUUUGGGCCUUUUACGAUGCUGUGCGUGCUGGUACUGGUAACGUCAUGUGCUCUUUCAACAGACUCAACAACUCAUAUGCAUGUCAAAACAGUAAGGCACUGAAUGGUCUGUUGAAAGGCGAGCUAGGCUUUCAAGGAUGGGUGGUAUCUGAUUGGGGUGCCCAGAAGUCUGGCGUCGCAUCUGCUGUGGGGGGUCUUGAUGCUGCCAUGCCGAACUCUUCAGGAAAAUGGGGUGCCAACCUUACCCUAGCCAUAUCCAAUGGCACGGUUCAAGAAUCUCAGCUCGAUAACAUGGCAACUAGAAUAAUUGCGUCAUGGUAUCAAAUGAAGCAAGAUCACCCCGACUUCCCUGCCCCUGGCUAUGGCAUGCCCUCUGACUUAUCGGUACCGCAUGUUGUGGUUGACGCACGUAAUAAAAGUUCAAAACAAACUCUGUUGGAUGGAGCUGUCGAGGGCCAUGUGCUCGUCAAGAACACAAAGAACGCGUUGCCCCUGAAGUCGGCAGAUAUGAAGCUCAUCUCUCUGUUUGGUUACUCCGCCAAAGCACCUAACAAGAACAAUUUUGAACAUCCUGGAACGGGUCUGUUCUUCUCCUCAUGGGGCGUCGGUGUUCAAUCCGCAAACAUUACAGAAGUCAACUUGGGCUGGUUCGGCAAUCUCAACAUUGCAUACUCUGAUAUCGCCAUCAAUGGGACGCUGAUCUCCGGUGGCGGGUCGGGCGCGGCUGCUUGGAGUCUCAUAAGUGCACCGUAUGAUGCACUCGUAGCUCGUGCACAGGAGGAUGGAACAGCAUUGUACUGGGACUUCGAAAGUGCCUCUCCUCUUGUCAACCCCACAUCAAACGCUUGUCUUGUCUUUGGCAACACAUGGGCAUCCGAAGGCUACGAUAGACCAUCUGUCCGCGAUGACUUCACUGACGCUUUAAUCUUGGAUGUGGCUGACCAGUGUGCAAAUACUAUUGUUGUUUUCCACAAUGCUGGCACACGCCUGGUUGACCAGUUCAUUGACCACCCCAACAUCACCGCUGUAAUAUUUGCUCACCUUCCAGGUCAGGACAGCGGCCGCGCCUUAGUGUCCCUCCUAUAUGGCGAUGAGAAUUUCUCUGGCCGAUUGCCUUACACGGUGGCACGCAAUGAGACUGACUACGGAGCACUACUCAAGCCUGACGUGACAGUGUCAGGUCGUUAUCAGCACUAUCCCCAGUCAGACUUUUCAGAGGGUGUUUUUAUUGACUAUCGGCAUUUCGACGCUCAGAAUAUCACACCUCGCUAUGAAUUUGGGUUCGGCCUAAGCUAUACUACUUUCGACUACUCAAGUCUGAUCGUCUCUAAGUUACAAAUGCCAUACAAGCCGUAUCCUACAGGAUCGAUUGCACAAGGUGGUCAAACGGACCUAUGGGACGAAUUGGCGAUUGUCUCCGCAGAGGUAACAAAUACGGGCAGCGUGGCCGGAAAAGAGGUUGUCCAGCUAUACCUAGGCAUCCCAGGUGACGACACCCCUGCCAGACAGCUCCGCGGAUUUGAGAAACCGUCUAUCCAGCCUGGGGAGACUGUCACGGUUCAAUUUCCUUUGACAAGGCGGGAUUUGAGUGUGUGGGAUGUGGUCGCACAAAAGUGGCAACUUCAAAAGGGGCAGUAUAAGGUCUUUGUUGGAAGCAGCAGUAGAAACCUGCCCCUUGAGGGCUCUCUUGCUGUAGGCUGCAAAAACAAAUCCCGCCGUUAG